AUGGGAAAUCGGAUGGGCAGUUGGCGUUACAAGGAGCCGAGCACAGUGGAGGAAUGCGACUCGACGUGGGGGUCGGACUCGGAGAGCGACGACCCGCCGGUGGAGGCUGCAGAAGGCAGCGGCAUCUCCGGGUCUGUCGGUCCGGCCGAGAUGGGUCGAUGCUCGGUCGACCCCGGCGACAUGUCCCUGCAGCUGUCAGAAUCUCCACAGUCCGCCCCGAAAAUGAAGAGGAGCUUCUACGCUGCCAGAGAUCUAUACAAGUACCGACACAGCUACCCGUCCAGGCAGCCGAGUGAAUUCCGCAACCUGCGCUUUUACCUGAACAAGAUCCCUCUGAUUCCAGAUGGCAUCUACAUAGAGGAGAUUCUCACAAAGUGGAGAGGAGACUACGAUAAACUGGAGCACAACCACAAUUACAUCCAGUGGCUUUUCCCGUUAAGGGAACAAGGGCUUAACUUCUACGCACAAGAACUGACUCAGGACGAGAUCAAAGAAUUCCAAACUACUCGAGAAGCCAAGCGGCGUUUCUUAGCGGCCUACGCGCUGAUGCUGGAAUUCUACGGCGUGCGGUUACUGGAUAAGAGCGGCAGCGUUGCCCGCGGUCCCAACUGGCAGGACCGUUUCCAGCACCUCAACGAGUCGCAGCACAACUAUCUCCGCAUCACGCGCAUCCUCAAGUCCCUGGGCGAGCUGGGCUACGAGGCCCUCAAGGGCCCGCUGGUGCGGCUGAUGCUGGAGGAGUCGCUGCUCCACGCCACCCUGCCCAACAUGCAGCACAGCGCGCUGGAAUACUACGUCUACACCAUCCGCCGGCCGGCCACGCGCCGACAGCUCCUCCGCUUCGCCCGGCAGCACUACCGGCCCGCCCACGCCUUCCUGUGGGGGCCGCAGCCCAAGAGGCGCGGGGGGGCAGCAGGGGGCGGAGGGGGAGGGGGUGGAGACGACGACGACGACGAUGACGGAGGCGCCGGGAACAGCGGGAUUCGGGCGCCCGCCCCGACGCCGGAGCACCGCAGAGGGGCCGGGGACGCGGGCGCCGACUGUAUGCCGCCGUUUUCCCGCCCUCCCAGCCUGCUGGCCGGCCUCGAGGUGUAUUCUGCCGACAGGGUUGACGCUGACCAUGGACUCUUAAAGGCCAACAUGCCCCAGAGCAGCCUGAAACACAGCCAAGAGGUUAAGACUCACCAGAAACCUCCCGUUCUCAAUGUGGACCAGCCACACAGGUGA